GAGUUCGAAAAUUUGAAAUAUUAACAACUAAAGGAAAAAAAAAAAGAGGGAUUUAGGGUUUUCGGCAAUUGAACAUCAACAAUGGAAGGAUUACAGAAUCUGGUCCGUUCCUUCCCAAAGGACACAAAAUCAGGUUCCCCUUCUUUCUUUCCCGAACUCCCCUACAAUCUUCGCGGCGGAGGAGGUAGUGGAGGAGCAGCCGGCGCUUCUUCCGUUGAUACAGCUCGUGUUUUAGUCAGCAGGCCUCCGAGGCAAGUUGUUUCGCUGUGGACGUGUUCAAAACUCUGUGGAUUUUGCUUCGUCGCCGGAAUCAUCGUCGGUUACUCCCUCAAACGCCGUGUACGGCUCUGGGCUUCCAAGCUUCUCAAGCGAUUAAAAGAUGAUUAGUGUAAUGUUAUUAACCCUUUCAAAUCCUCUUAGAUUUUUCGAAUAUGUUUUUUCUUUCUUUUUUAAAAUUUCUGCCAUGGAAUUUCAAGAAAUGCAAGAAAUAGUUUAAAUUUUCAGUGCUA